AAGACUCAACACCCGCACUCAAUUGACAUGGUAGCAAGGUUCCAGCUCUCCCAGCAGCUUCAGGGUCACACAGGCGAUGUUCGAAGCCUCUCGGCUCUCCACCUGGGCGACCCGUUGAAGCCCUUACUAUUGUCAGCGUCUCGAGAUGGGACUGGGCGAAUCUGGGCUCGACCAGACCAAUCUAAGGCCAAGAGAGAUAUCGAAGCUAGAAUAAACUUGGAAGGGCAUGCCGGUUUCGUCAACGCAAGCGCCUGGCUCGAUACAGGCAGCCAAGCCUACGCGCUGACCGGAGGCCAAGAUCAUUUGGUCAAUGCCUUUACGCUCCCACUACAAUCUCCGGAUCCUGCUGCCAACUCGUCUCUUACUCCGGACUUCGUCCUGGUGGGACAUGAAGACAAUGUCUGCGCUCUUGAUGCUCUCAGUGGACCCAGGGGCUAUGUCGUUAGCGGGAGCUGGGACAAGACGGCUCGUGUGUGGAAGGAGUGGAAUUGCGUUUCCGUCUUGGGUGAUCACGCACAGGCAGUGUGGGCUGUGAAGGCUAUCGAUGAGGAUUUCGUGUUGACUGCUUCUGCCGACAAGGUGGUCCGGAUGUUCUCGCUCACACACAGCCGCAAAGAUGGCGAGAUGCUGUUGCCAGUGGCCAAGUUCGUUGGCCAUACCGACGCUGUGCGAGGGCUGACCAUGUUGAGCGCGCGGACCUUUGCAAGCUGCGGUAAUGAUGGCAACAUCCACAUCUACAAUCUCCCAAACGUACAAGGCCCGUCUCCUGUCCAAGCAGUCGUGCAACCGUCCCAAGUCCUCUCUGGGCAUACAAGCUUCGUCUAUGCGCUUGACUCACUAAGCUCUGGCGAAAUUGUCAGUUCAGGGGAAGAUCGGAGCGCCCGAGUUUGGAAAGAUGGAGCUCUGCAGCAAACGAUUACCAUUCCGGCAAUUUCGGUCUGGUCUAUCGCUUGUCUAUCAAAUGGAGAUAUUGCCUGUGCCAGCAGCGACAACUUCAUUAGGAUAUUCACUCGCGAGACGCAACGUGUGGCGGACGUCCAGGAGCUACAAGCUUACGAGACUACCGUCUCUUCGCAAGCCCUCAACAAGGCACAGGUUGGUGAUGUCCAAAAGGACUCGCUGCCCGCGCCCGAUGCCCUCUUGCAACCGGGGCGCAAGGAGGGUGAGGUCCGCAUGGUACGCAACGGCGAGCUCGUCGAGGCCCAUCAGUGGAGCUCGGCGGCGAACCAGUGGGAAAAGAUUGGAGAGGUCGUGGGAGGCGUAGGAUCAGGUCAAAAGAAGCUCUACCAAGGAAAGGAGUACGACUACGUCUUCGACGUCGACAUCGCCGAUGGUAUUCCACCCCUGAAGCUGCCAUACAACGCCACCGAGAACCCUUACAACGCAGCGUACAAGUUUCUCGAGCGCAACGAGCUUCCGCUCACAUACGUGGAUCAGGUUGUUGCCUUCAUCGAGAAGAAUACGGAGGCUGUCAAUCUCGGCAGCAACAACGAGUUCGUUGACCCCUACACAGGUGCCUCCAGCUAUCGACCGGGCGCCACAUCAGCGAGUGCGCCUGCAGCUGCCGCACCUCGACCAUCAGCACCCGUUGCACCCCCAAUCUUGCCUCUUGCGCGACCGCUGACGUUCAAACAAUUUAACGAAGCUGGAGCGAAGAGCAAGAUUGACGAACUCAAUGGACAACUCUCUGGAGCAACUGCAUUGACGACCGACGAAAAGGAUGCGAUUUCCACCUUGCUUUCCUCUCUGACUAAGCUCUCGUCUCAGCGAGCCACAGGCCAAUCUCGACUCAACGUCACGCCUCUGGAGACUGCCAUGGCUCGGUGGCCACUCGCUCUAAGAUUCCCUCUGCUGGAUGCUUAUCGCGCGGCUUCAGCGUAUCCAACGACGACACCGACUGAUGAGUGCGCCAAGGCUUCACUGAGAGUCGCUGCUUGGACAGACAGCUGGCCAACGGAUGCAGAGCAGGACAAAACGAAGGGCAUCUUGGCAAUGCUCGCCCUCCGAGCUGUUGCAAACGCUUUCAGUCGGAAGGAAGAGGCAAGUUCUUUGCUAGAGAGUGGUUCACUUAUCGCCGUGGAACUUCGAAAAUCGGGACACUUUGACCGACUCAACAAGAAUGCCCGCACCGCCUACGCCACUGUGGCGUUCAAUUUCUCUGUCCUUGUCGUCUCGGAUCCCUCCAGUGUCAAGCUUGCUGCAUCGACGCUGGACCUCGUUAUCGGAAUUCUGAAAGCGGAGAACGACCCGAAACGAAGAGACGGCGAGGUUUUCUAUCGAGCUCUGGUGGCACUCGGAAAUUUGCUCGUUUCCAAGUCCGCCGGUUCACUCUCUGUCGGAUCCAUCGCCGACGCUGUAGGAGCGAGUCAGGCAGCUGUAUCAUCAGAAGAAAGGAUCCGCAACAUCCAGCGAGAGGUUGCAGAGAAGGACACUGCAGUAAGAGGAAUUUAAGCUCCGGCAGCAUGGUAUACAAUGAUUAUGCACGCCCUGUCUUGUUUACUUCUACAAGCUUGUCGCAAUGAAAUGUCCGGGACAGUGAAUCCCCUGACUUCU